AUGGCGGUUAUAUCUGACCUGCCGCUCUGUGUCACACUGAGAAAUAACUCGUUACAAUACUCGUCAGAACUCUGCAGAAAGCAGACUGGACACAUUGUUACAAUACUCAUCAGAACUCAGCAGGCAGCAGCACUGACACAUUGUUACAAUACUCAUCAGAACUUCGCAGAAAGCAGACUGGACACAUUGUUACAAUACUCCAGAACUCCACAGUCAGCAGAACUGAUACUCUGCUAUAAUACUCCUCAGAACUCUGCAGACAGCAGACUGGAUACAUUGUAA